GGCUGUGCAGACUGCAGCAUGCCUAUAAAUAGCCAACCGAUUAGCAAUUGUAAGAGCACUUCCAAAGAUCAAAACAAAUGCUUUCCCAUCCAACCAUUCAGCCCCGUGUCAAAUAAAGCCUUCAACUUUCCAACUAAAACAAAACCACCCCUCCAAUUUGGAUACAUCUGCGUCUGCUGGUGAAAGCCAACGUUGAACGAAGAGUUUUCCAUAGUUUUGUCACCCAUAAUCAUCAUCUACAAUGAAAAUGGAGCUUGUGGCAUCACUUCUGGUGAUGUCAUUCUAUUGGUUGUGCCUUGGUAACCACAUUAUUGUGGUUUCUGGUCUCUGCCUUGGUGAUCAGAAGUCUUUGCUGCUGCAAUUUAAGAACAACCUCACAUUCACAAACAUGGCAGACAGAAAUAGCAGCAGGCUGAAGUCUUGGAAUGCAAGUGAUGAUUGUUGCAGGUGGAUGGGAGUAACCUGUGACAAGGAGGGACAUGUUACUGCUCUUGACCUCAGUAGAGAAUCAAUCUCUGGUGGAUUUGUCAAUUCAAGUGUUCUUUUCAAUCUCCAACAUCUCCAGAGUCUAAAUUUGGCUUCAAAUAACUUCAAUUCUGUCAUUCCUUCUGGAUUCAACAACUUGGACAAGUUAACUUAUCUGAAUUUGUCAUAUGCUGGCUUUGUGGGUCAGAUUCCAAUAGAGAUUUCUCAGCUGACAAGGUUGAUUACUCUUCAUAUCUCUUCUUUUUUGCAGCACCUGAAACUUGAGGACCCAAAUCUACAAAGCCUUGUCCAAAAUCUCACCAGUAUCAGGCAACUGUAUCUGGAUGGUGUAAGUAUAUCAGCUCCAGGUUAUGAAUGGUGCAGUGCUUUGUUGUCCCUGCGUGACUUGCAAGAACUGAGCUUGUCAAGGUGCAAUCUCUUGGGACCCCUAGAUCCUUCCCUGGCAAGACUUGAGAGUCUAUCAGUCAUUGCUCUUGAUGAGAACGAUUUAUCAUCCCCGGUGCCAGAAACAUUUGCCCAUUUCAAAAGUCUCACCAUGCUAAGGCUUUCUAAGUGCAAGUUGACUGGAAUAUUUCCACAGAAGGUCUUUAACAUCGGAACAUUGUCCCUUAUUGACAUAUCUUCAAACAACAAUCUCCAUGGUUUCUUUCCUGACUUUCCAUUGAGGGGAUCUCUCCAGACCUUAAGAGUAAGUAAAACAAACUUCACUCGAUCAAUUCCACCCUCUAUUGGUAACAUGAGGAAUUUAUCCGAAUUGGAUCUUUCUCAUUGUGGUUUUAGUGGAAAAAUUCCCAAUUCACUGUCAAACCUACCAAAACUCAAUUACCUGGAUAUGUCACAUAACAGGUUCACCGGUCCAAUGACAUCCUUCGUUAUGGUAAAAAAACUUACCCAUUUAGAUCUUUCUCAUAAUGAUUUAAGUGGUAUACUCCCAUCAUCUUACUUUGAAGGACUGCAAAAUCUUGUCCAUAUUGACUUGAGCAAUAAUUCUUUCACUGGGAGGACUCCUUCAAUCCUUUUUACACUCCCAUCACUGCAAAACCUUUGGCUUUCAAACAACUUGUUUACUCAAUUGGAGGAAUUCAUGAAUGUUACAUCCUCUAGAUUAGUGACCCUCUAUAUGAGUAACAAUAAUCUAUCUGGGACGAUUCCUUCAUCCCUUUUUGCACUCCCACUGCUGCAAGAGAUUCGGCUUUCCCACAAUCAUCUUAGUCAGUUAGAUGAAUUCAUAAAUGUGUCUUCUUCUAUAUUAGACACCCUUGAUUUGAGUAGCAAUAAUCUGUCAGGGCCUUUUCCAACAUCUAUCUUCCAGAUUAGUACACUCUCUGUCCUCCGACUUUCUUCAAACAAGUUCAAUGGGUUGGUGCAUCUGAAUAAGCUUAAAAGCUUAACUGAACUAGAGCUUUCAUACAACAACUUGUCAGUAAAUGCGAAUUUUACAAAUGUUGGCCCUUCUUCCUUUCCCAGCAUUAGCUAUCUAAACAUGGCAUCUUGUAACUUGAAAACAUUCCCUGGUUUCUUGAGAAACUUGUCCACAUUAAUGCAUCUAGAUCUUUCAAAUAAUCAGAUUCAAGGAAUAGUGCCCAACUGGAUUUGGAAACUACCUGAUCUUUAUGAUCUUAAUAUUUCCUACAAUUUGUUGACUAAGUUGGAAGGCCCUUUUCAGAAUCUUACUUCUAACUUGGAUUACCUUGACCUUCAUUACAAUAAACUUGAAGGGCCAAUACCUGUUUUUCCUAAAGAUGCAAUGUUCUUGGAUUUGUCAAGCAACAAUUUUAGCUCUCUUAUACCACGAGAUAUCGGUAAUUACCUUUCUCAGACAUAUUUUCUCUCUCUUUCAAACAAUUCUUUGCACGGCAGUAUCCCUGAGUCCAUCUGCAAUGCUUCGUCACUUCAAAUGCUUGAUCUUUCCAUUAAUAACAUUACUGGAACAAUUCCCCCCUGUUUAAUGAUAAUGAGUGAAACUCUUCAAGUAUUAAAUCUCAAGAACAACAAUCUCUCAGGCUCUAUUCCAGAUACAGUUCCAGCUUCCUGUAUUUUGUGGUCUUUAAAUCUUCAUGGAAAUCUAUUAGAUGGCCCAAUUCCAAACUCUCUUGCUUAUUGCUCAAUGUUAGAGGUAUUGGACGUUGGAUCAAAUCAAAUCAGUGGGGGCUUUCCAUGCAUUUUAAAGGAAAUAUCCACCCUUCGAAUCCUUGUUGUGCGAAAUAACAAAUUUAAGGGUUCCCUAAGAUGUUCUGAAUCUAAUAAGACUUGGGAAAUGCUUCAAAUUGUGGACAUCGCUUUCAAUAAUUUUAGUGGCAAACUGCCGGGAAAAUAUUUUGCAACCUGGAAAAGAAAUAUAAGUUUGCUUGAGGAAUACAAAGGUCAAUUAAAGUCUAUAGAGAAGUCGUUUUAUGAUUCCGAGGAUGGCAGAGUAUAUUAUGAAGAUAAUCUGACACUUUUGAAGGACCUAAACCAAUUGUUGUUGCCAAAUAUUUAUACAAUCUUAACAUCCAUUGAUGUCUCAUCCAACCAUUUUGAAGGACCUAUACCAAAGGACCUAAUGGAUUUUGAAGAACUCGUAGUCCUUAAUUUGUCAAACAACGCUUUGUCUGGUGAAAUCCCUUCCUUAAUGGGUAACUUGAGAAACUUGGAGUCCCUGGACCUUUCACAAAACUCCCUGAGUGGAGAAAUUCCUAUGCAGCUUACAAAUUAGGAAUUUCUUCAAAUUUUAGACCUCUCCUACAACCAUUUGGUGGGAAAGAUCCCAACAGGUGCACAAUUUAGCACAUUUUCAAAUGAUUCCUAUGAAGGUAAUGAGGGGCUAUACGGUUUGCCAUUGUCUAAAAAAGCAGAUGAUGAAGAGCCAGAGCCAAGGCUAUACGGUUCUCCAUUGUCUAACAAUGCAGAUGAUGAAGAGGCAGAGCCAAGGCUAGCUUAUACAAUUGAUUGGAAUUUGAAUAGUGUCGGAUUUGGAUUGGUUUUUGGUCAUGGAAUUGUUUUUGGUCCUCUCUUGGUUUGGAAGCAAUGGAGCGUAUGGUAUUGGCAACUCGUGCACAAAGUUCUUUGUAGAAUAUUUGCACAAAUGUAUCUUGAAUAUGUAACGGGAGGAGGACAUACGUACACAACUUUAAGGUGGGGGCAUUAGUGGUGAUUAAUGAAAAAUAGUGAUUAAUAAAAAGUGUGCGAAAAAGUGAGGUUAUGAUGAGUCUUCUUUCUAAAUGUUUCCUUUUCAAAUUUGAUAGUAGUUGUUUGGGUUUUAUGUUGUAAUGCCAAAACAAUAAAUUUCCAAAACAUAUGUAUCGGAGCUAUAAAAAUAUAUUCUGUUACAUUUUAUAAAA